CCACUAGACCACUAUGCGUUAUCCUCAUCUAAAUCCAAUCAAAAAUCUUCUCCCAUUUUUGCUUAUCUCCGACUCUCUUCAAUGGAAACCAUUCUCUCUCCUCACUCUUUCUGUCCACUUUUCAAGGCUCCUCCUUUUUCCUCUCACUCUCUCCAACCCAAAUCAAGUUCUUGGCUCAAUCCAAUUUGCUGCACCCUCAAAAAACAACAAUCUGUUAAACAAUCUUUUACUGCACCCACAAGUUGGUUUUCUCGAGUGCAUCAGGGAUUAGCUGCCCUUGCCAUUUCUUUGGCCCUAAACUUUUGCCCAAUACUGCCUAAUGAAUCUGCAGUGGCGUCUGAAUUUGAUGUUUUAAAUGAUGGUCCACCAAAGGAGACAUACGUCGUUGAUGAUGCAGGUGUGCUCAGUCGCGUAACAAAGUCUGAUUUGAAGAGAUUGUUGUCGGAUUUGGAGUCAAGAAAAGGCUACCACAUUAACUUUGUCACUGUCCGCAAGCUCACUAGCAAAGCCGAUGCAUUUGAGUAUGCUGACCAAGUUCUGGAACGUUGGUAUCCUACUCUAGAAGAAGGCACCAACAAGGGCAUAGUUGUUCUUGUUACCAGCCAAAAGGAAGGUGCAGUUACAGGUGGCCCUGAUUUCGUCAAGGCUGUUGGCGAUAACAUUCUUGAUGCUACUGUAUCGGAAAAUCUUCCAGUCCUAGCCACGGAAGAAAAGUACAAUGAAGCACUAUUUAGUGCUGCCAACCGGCUUGUGGCUGCCAUUGACGGGCUUCCUGAUCCUGGUGGCCCCCAAUUUAAGGACAACAAAAGAGAAUCUAACUUCAAAACCAGGGAGGAGACAGAAGAGAAACGAGGUCAGUUCACACUUGUAGUUGGAGGUUUGUUAGUGAUUGCUUUUGUUGUUCCUAUGGCACAAUACUAUGCUUAUGUCUCAAAGAAAUGAGAUUAUUACAUCUUUUUCUUAUCCAGAAUUUUUUAUUUCACUUCGAGUUGAGUGAAUGUGUAAAAUGAUCACCAUAUGUUCAUAUUGAAUACUUGAUUUUUAUAACCUUAAAUCAGUAAAAUAUAACAUCAAUUAUAACUUC